AUGUCGGCCAGGGAGAGGGAAGUCUCUCGCGACCGCGAAGGCCGAGGUCACCACCACUCACAUUCCUUCUCCGAGUCGGGCAGUGGCCGCUUCAGCCAUGUCCCCAUGUGGGACAGUUCCGACCCGGAUCGCGCGCCUCCGCCACUACCACUCGCGCCUGGUCAAGGAAGUCCGACUACGAAAGCAAACACAUCCGCAGGUAUUGCCGCGGCUGCCAAGCAGAUAGUAGAACGAGCCCGCGAGAGUGCGCCCAUCUCCGCAUACACAUCGAAUCGAUCGAACGAUUCGCAAGCUCUGCCGGAGCGAUCGCUGGUCAAGGGCGCCCACCACAAGCGGCUGCAGUCGCUCCAGCCCGGCCAUGUCAAGGACUUGCGCAGCUACCUGGACACCAAUCGUUCGCCAGAGCGCUCACCGGAACGACCGACCUCGAGAGGGACCUUUGCCACGCCCAGUCGCAUGAACAGCAGCGAGAACUUGUCACCCUUCACCGAGCGACCCACCACACCGACCCCAGCUGAGCGCGAUCCAAUGAAGGACACACCGUCUUUGCGGCCUUCCACGAGGCAGACGACGCACCGAUCGAUACUGGGCGAGAACACUCCUCCUUCGGCAACGAUGCUUGCACUACAAACCAUGCAGGUGCCAGAUCCACCACUCAGCGAUAUCACGAAUGGCCCAAGCACACCUAGUGGGACGAGGGUGCAUACGAACUACGACUUCUCAAGUCAGCUGCUGAACUUGACCACCAUUGCAACGAACUUGCAGAAGGAGAUGGCUGCCCUGAGUAGGCGGAGCAAGGACAAUGCGACUGAUCUGAUCCAUCUCAAGGAUGCGACCAACACCCGUGAUGAGGACAUUCGCAAGACGCUGCGCGACCUGGCCAACACCGUCACCGGUCCCGGCCUUCUUCCUCCUCCACCUCCGCUCUCCACAAGCACGCGCAGAGCUAGUGACUACAGUUCGCCUGCCUACCUCGACAGCAAGGCCUUCUACAGCUCGCCUCCGUCUGCAUCAAAGACAUUCAACCUACCAAGAGCAGCGAGCGCACACAGCUUUCUUGACGAUCGUUGUGGAUCGCCUUCGCCGUACUCCAUCGAAGGCGCAGCAAGUGUGGCCAUGCUUGAGAAGAUCGUGCGUGAAAUGGUCACCAAGGAUGGGCAGGAACGCCUGCAGACAUCCCUUUCCGAACUCUUGGAGAAGACACGAAAAGAGAACUCGAAUGCUGCGAAGAAGGUCGAGCAGCUAUCUGAGUUCAUCAAAGAGAAGACAGAGUCGCAAGCACUUGUUCGCUCGAACGGCGGCCCCCCUAGGCUGGAGGUCAACUUGGGUUCUCCACUGGCCACACCAAAGUCGAGCGAGAAGCCAACUGCCAACGAAGCACCGGCCAAAGAAGAGGUCCUGAAGCUUCUGCAACGCAUAAUAGACUCUGUCGCCCACAGCGGUGGUACCACAUCAGAAGUCAAAGGACUAGUGCGAGACCUACGAGGCGAGGUCCUGGGUAUGGGCAGAGAGCUGGGUAAGAAGCUUGACCAAAUUGGCGAGACGUCUCUUAACAACACCUUGGACCGCUCGAUCGAUGCAGGCAGCAACGGCGAACACCUUGAGGAGGUACAGCGCAUUGUCGAAGAAGGCCUUUCCGAGCUCAAGCACCACCUAGCGACUGUCUUGAAGGAGCGCGCCGAGCAAGACGAUGACACCUUCAAGCAGCUGGCCACCACGCGUGCAGGACCCAACAGCGACGAGAUGCUGGCCGUUGUUCGGCACGCACUCACAGAACACCACAUCCAGAAGAGGGAGCCCGAGACCGAGGAGGUUGGUAGGCUCGACCGCGAUGGUGUGCUCGAUGCUGUGAAGGAGGGCCUCAAGGACUUCGAGCCGAAUAUUGAGCUACAGCAAUUUGGUCUGGAGCGUGAUGAGAUUCUCAACGUGCUCAAAGAAGGCCUCGAGCAGCACCAGAGCAGUCGCGCCGAGCCCGCUGAUGUCAACAUCGACAAGGGCGAGAUUCUUGAGGUCAUGCAAGAAGCACUCAAGGACUUUCAAGCACCAUUUCCCGCGGACCAGCUCGCCAAAUACAAGGAAGAGAUCUUGUCUGGAGUUCAGCAAUCUCUGGAGGCCUUCCAGCCACCUCCCGCCGCCGCAGUGGAUCAAGGAGCCAUGCAAGCCGCUGUCUUUGAAGCUGUCAAGACUGGCCUUGCUGAGCAUGGACCUGCCGCCCCCAGAGAGAUCGAGAUCAGUCGCGAUGACCUCUUCGAUGCUGUAAAGGCAAGCCUCGAUGGCACCACGAUUCCAUGCGGUGGGCUAGGAGAGCAAGUCCUAUCUCAACUCAAAGAACUGCUUGACGGCAUGCGUGUCGAGUUUCAGCAAUACUCGGCGGCCAACGGCAGAGACACCGAGCAGGUCUUGGACGCCGUGAAGGAUGGCCUGGAGUCGUUACGUACCCAGAUCGAGAAGUAUGUCGACCGUGCGCAGGACGUUACCGGGAAAGACGAAAUCAUCGACUCUGUCAAAUCUGGUCUGGAACAGCUUCGCGGUGACGUGGAGACAAUGGUCGGUCAAGACGGUGACAAGUCUGCCAUGCUUGACUACAUCAAGGCCGAAUUCCAUGAGCUGCGUGAGCAAGUCAGAGAAAACGGCAGCUCUCGUGAAGUCGAAGAGUCAAAUGCCGGCCAGACUACAGCGGUCAUCAUCGCCCUCCAACAAGGUCUCGAUGAUCUCAAGUCACAUAUGGAGGCUCGCGACGAUGAUGUACAGACCAAUGAGGAGCUGAACGAAGCGAUGAAAGAGGAGUUCGAGCAGCUCAAGGGCGCCAUUCUCCACGCGCACGCCACAGACAAGAGCGAGCUCAUCGAGACGAUCCAAGACAGCAUGGGUGUGCUUCACUCCAAGUUUGACGGCAGCGAGCUUGGCACGCUGUCAGCUGGGUCUUCUGAAGAGCUCAUCCAGACCAUGCGCGAGGAGUUCGCUACCCUCAAGGAGUCCAUCCACGCCAUGGUCGUUGAUGUCGACAAGGAUGCUGUUGUGCAAGGCGUGCGUCAAGCAAUUGAUGAUCUUCGCACACAGCUGUCUGCAGACCAGAACGAUGCAUCUGCCGAAGCAAUUGGCGCGAUCCGGGAGGAGCUGGGCGCCGUGAGGGAGUCUUUGGGUGGCUCAGUAUUAUCGGGCGGCAGCUCGAUACACACUGUCGACACCAUUGAUGACCUCAAGAACACUCUCGAAGAAGUCAAGGAUGCCAUGGCGGCGAAGCAGACUGCUGGAGGCAUGACCGAUGAACAACUCGAAGCCUUCCGCGGCGAGUUUGAGAACUUGCGCAACUCCAUCGCCAACAGUGUCGUUCGAAGUGGCUCGAACGAGGAAAUCUUGGAUGCCGUCCGACUUGGCCUGGACGAUCUACGUUCGCAUCUUGAGAGAAAGCUGGACAAUCCUGAAAGUGUCAUGUCUCAUCAAAGCCAGGUGCUCGACACCAUCAAUGAAGGCCUUGAGAGCCUACGCACCGACAUUGUGAAAACCCUGGAUAAGCCACUUGACAUGACGGUCAACUACGAGAUCUUGGAUACGCUCAAGGACGGUUUGGCUGAUCUCCGUUCGGAAAUGGACAAGCUCACGUCAAAGAAUGGCCAAACAGUCACGCCUCACGGUGGCGAGAUUGUUCUGGCGGAUGUGGGUGGAGUUGGCGCUACUCGCGACAUCAAUCUCGAGGACGAAGCCGGCACAGCUGCCCCAGAGGCUGCUGCAGCGGGUGGCAUCAAGCGUGAGGACUUCGAGCAGGUCGAGAUAUUGCUCGCUCAGCUGCAGAUCAAGAUCGAAGCUCUCGAUCACACCGUACAAGAUAUGCCUUCUCACCAGCAACAGGCACAGGUGCCAGAAGGAAUCGCUCUUCGAGAAGACCUCACUUGCCUGGAGCUCAUGCUCAAGGACGUCCAGGACAAUGUCAUCACUCUCGCAGCGCGAGACGAGACUCCUGCACCGGAGAGCGCUGCUCGCAAGGAAGACACUGACGCCAUCGAAACACUCCUCCGUAACAUGAAGGCACAGAUCGAGGAGAUGGAGCUCCCAGAUCCUGCCUCCGCCGCCUCCAAAGACCAUCUUGAGGAGGUUCAGGCAGCAGUCCGGGGAGGCAAUGAGACCCUCGAGGUCCUAGCAGACAAGCUCGAUAGCCAGACUGCAUGCAAGGCCGACGUGGCCGUUGUCGAGGUGCUGGCAUCUGACAUCAAAGGCAUGCUCGAGGAAGUGAAGGAAAAGGUUACCGCAGCAUCCGCCGAGGAUGAUGACAAGCCAGAGCGUAUGACCAAGUCAGACCUGGAUGUUCUUGGUGUCCUCUGCACCGAGAUCAAGACUCGCGUGAAUGAGAUGACUCUGCCAGACCCCGAGGAGUUGCCUUCCAAAUCUGACAUUGAGCAACUUCAAGGACUGAUCAACGACUUCCGUGAGAGCCAUGACAAGAUGAAGGACAGCUACGAAACCGACAUUGCCGUGACUGCAAAGGCAUUCGAUGACCGCAAAAAGGAGCAUGAAGAUGCAGUCGAGCAGAUGGGUCAAGUCAAGGAAAUGAUCGAUGAGGUCAAAGCUGAGCUCAUUGACAAGCUUGGCUUCAACGACGCUGGUAUCACCACUCUCGGCAUCACUUUGAAGGCCAUCGAAGAGAACGUCGGCAAUGAGACUGUGGUUUCUGAGGUCAAGGAAGUCAUGGAGAAGGUCAAAGAAGAGUUCGAGAAGGCUCACGACUCGCUUGCAGCAAUCAAGGUCGACAAUGCUCAAUCUGCUGAGACCACACUGGAGAAGCAGUCCGAACACAAGGAAGCGAUUGUCACUGCACUCGGUGAGAAGCUUGACACUCUGUUCGACGGUCUGAUGAGCAAGUACGAUGAUGCUCAGAAAGCCGCUGAGGAGAAAGCCAAGACCAUGGAGGAGAAUGUCACCCAGCAAGAGGAAAUGUUGGCAAGCACAAAGGCCAUGGCCGAUGAUCUCAAGCUGUCGAUCGACACACUUGGCACAACUCUGACCACCUUCAUGGGCGACCUGCCUGCUCAGGUGCAAGAGAUGUCGGAACAAUCGAAGACGGUCUUCGAUCAAGCUGCGCUGACACACUCCAAGCUUGAGGAAGCGAGCGACAGUCUGAAAGGCGAGCACGUGGCCACACGCGAAGAGGUUGCCAAGGUGCUGGCAGCAGUCGAUGUUGUGCAAAGCGACAUGGCUGAGCACAACCCUCGUUUCAUGGUCACUCUUGAAGAAGUCCGAGCGCUGAUCAACCAGCACUACGAGCACUCCCAGAAGUCUUCCGAGGCUCAAAACGAGCAUUCACAGGCUGUGAGGGACUUGCAAGAUGCACUCAAGGCCGGCUUUGAGGACUCGAAAGCCCAAGCUCAGGCCCACCAGGAAGGGCUCAAAUCUCACCACGAUGAGUUGAAGACCGCGCUGCCUGCGUUACUGCCACGGCCAGUGGAGACACCUGUGCCUGAAAAGUACGACGACACUUCCGUUCACGAGAAGCUUGACAAGCUCAUGGGUCAUGUUGAGGAGGCUUCCGAGCGCUCAACUCAGCUGGAGCGCCUUGACCAGAUUCAUGAAAAGGUCACGGCUACCGCUGCAGAAGUCUCUGCCUUUGUCUCUGCGCAGAACAAGCAGAUUGCUGACGACCACGAGAGCAAGGAGAAGGAAGCGGAAGAGAUUGCGCUGCUUCUCGAGCGCCGUCUUGAACGCAAGGACCAGCUCGAGGCCGAUAUCACUGUUCUCAACGAGGAGAAAGAGUCGCUAGCGAAUGCUGUGGAGGCACUGAAGGCUGAAAAGGAAGCACUCGCCGCACAGAAGGCUCGUCUGAACGCCGACGUCUCCUCCAUGGAGAUGGCGCUGCACAUCAGACGGGACGAACUGCACGAGAUGGACAACAAGGCUGCAGCUCUGGAGCGACGUAUGCUGGAAGGUGUGAUGAACCAAUCGCGCAUGCUGCUGUUGGCCAAGACAUCGAAGCCCACUUCACCGAAGAAGCAGAAGCCACAAGGCCGUGACCUCCGCGUGCCGAGCAACGCAUCGGCCAUGUCUGCAGCAACAGUCACUUCUUCUGUGCCAGCAUUGAAAGCGAAUCAUGCUUUGGCCAUGAAAUCGCGGCCUGGUCUGAUGCGCAAUGGUCCGGCGCCCAAUACUGCUGAGCGACGUAUCAUGUCGUUGAACCAGAUCAACCACAAUGUGCCAACCGGGGCUCAUGCCUUCACUGCCGAGAAGUCCAGCUUGACUUCGCUCAAUGGCAUGAAGCGUAGUCACUCUGUCAAGACGCACCCGACUCCACGCAAAUUCUCCUGGGCCGGCAAGCGUAACACCAGCUUGACCUCGCAUAACAAGGAGAACGAGACUCUGUCCGAAGAAGACGACGACGACAUCUCCGAGCGCGCUGAGUCUCGCAUGGGUACUGAAUUUGGCACCGAAGAUGGCACUGAGCGUCGUCACAGUCGCCAGAGCUAUCUGUCACGCACCGACGACGGUAGCAUGACUUAUGCCACUGGUAGCUACCUCAACGGCGAGACACCCGGCACCAACGAUGGCAAUCGCAUGAGCUAUGCACCCAGCGACAUGACCUACGACACAGGCAGCUACCUCACCGGAUCAUACCUGACUGGCAGCGAGAUCGAUCGCCGCACCAGCCUCGGCAGCUCCGCGAAUGGCGUUAUCGGACCUGUCGGUGGUACUGAGAGUGCCAUUUCAGAAGACCCAGAGGCGGAGCUCGGUGCUGAGCAAGAAUCAAUGCUGCUUGACGCCCCUCCUACGAACAGUGAGGUUGAGCGUGCGGUGCAGGAGGUUCUUGCUGAGGAGAAGGAUUCGAUCAAGAGGCAUUUUGCGCCGCCUAGUGAUAGUGGACUUGGGACGGACUUGCCGACUGCUAAUCUGAGUGGUGGGGAGGAGAGCUACUUUAAGGGGAGAGAUUGA